AUGAGUGGUUUAACAUUAGAAUAUGAGCCAACUUAUGGUUAUGAAGAAGAAUAUGCAGGAUACUUUGGUUUAACAUUAGAAUAUGAACCAACUUAUGGUUAUGAAGAAUAUGCAGGAUAUCUAACAACCAAUUCUCAUUUAUUUUGCCAUCACCACCGAAUAAUUCGUCAACCACUAGCCAAAAAAAUAUGA